CCCACUUUAAGAUGGCGGACAACAUCCCUCUACACCCGGUGCGGAGCCUGCAGAAGAGGCACGAAUAUUACCCAGGGAGGCAGAGCAGGUAUCAAGUAGAAGAUGAGUCAUCCAGUUUAGAUGAGAUGCCAUUAAUGAUGUCAGAGGAAGGUUUUGAAAAUGACGAGAGUGACUACCAUACGUUACCAAGAGCUAGAGUUACUCAGAAAAAGCGAGGGCUAGGAUGGUUUGUAUUUGGCGGAUGGAAAUUACUCUGUACCAGUUGCUGCGACUGGCUUGCCAACAUCUGUCGGAGAAAGCAACACCUUAAAGCUCGCACAGUAUGGCUGGGACAUCCAGAGAAGUGUGAGGAAAAAUAUCCAAGGAAUGCUAUUAAAAACCAGAAGUACAACCUCUUCACAUUUGUACCUGGAGUAUUAUAUCAACAAUUCAAGUUUUUCUUGAAUCUUUAUUUGGUGGUAUCAUGUUCACAGUUUGUCCCAUCAUUGAAGAUAGGCUAUCUAUAUACAUACUGGGCUCCUCUGGGCUUUGUAAUGGCAGUGACAAUGGUUCGAGAAGCAUUAGAUGAAUUCCAUCGCUAUCAACGGGAUGAGGAGAUGAAUUCGCAGAUGUACAGCAAGCUUACCAUACGAGGUAAAGUGCAGGUGAAGAGCUCUGACAUCCAGGUGGGAGAUCUUAUUAUAGUUGAGAAGAACCAGCGCAUUCCCGCUGACAUGAUAUUUUUGAGAACAUCAGAAAAAAGUGGUUCGUGUUUCAUUCGUACGGAUCAAUUGGAUGGUGAAACUGACUGGAAGCUUAGGAUAGCUGUUUGUUGUACACAGAGGUUGCCAGCAUUGGGUGAUCUUUUCACAAUCAGUGCCCAUGUUUACGCUCAGAAGCCACAAAUGGAUAUUCAUACUUUUGAAGGGACCUUCACACGGGAAGAUAGUGACCCUUCAAUCCAUGAAAGUCUGGGUGCAGAAAAUACACUUUGGGCCAGCACAGUGGUAGCUUCUGGCACUGUGAUAGGGGUGGUAAUAUAUACUGGAAAAGAAACUCGCAGUGUAAUGAACACCUCCAAUCCUAAAAAUAAGGUCGGCUUACUGGAUCUGGAGCUAAAUCGACUGACAAAGGCUUUGUUUUUAGCUCUGGUUGUGCUAUCUGUUGUUAUGGUGGCUUUGCAAGGAUUUGUAGGUCCUUGGUAUCGAUACCUAUUCCGGUUCAUCCUAUUAUUUUCCUAUAUCAUUCCCAUCAGUUUGCGGGUAAACCUUGACAUGGGAAAAGCAGCCUAUGGUUGGAUGAUCAUGAGAGAUGAUAACAUUCCAGGCACAGUAGUCCGGACAAGCACAAUACCAGAAGAACUGGGACGAUUAGUUUACUUAUUAACAGAUAAGACAGGAACCCUUACACAGAAUGAGAUGGUAUUCAAACGUCUCCACUUGGGCACUGUGUCUUACGGGACAGACACAAUGGAUGAAAUACAAAACCAUAUUAUUGGCUCAUAUGCACAGGGCAACAGUUCACACAGCCACACAACGGGAAGUAACACUAGCACUGCCCCAUCAAGUAAAACCACUUUAUCUGCUCCAAAAGUUCGCAAGUCAGUCCACAGCCGUAUACACGAAGCUGUAAAAGCCAUUGCGCUUUGCCAUAACGUUACACCUGUCUACGAAUCACGUGGAGAAACAGAAUAUGCUGAGGCCGAUCAGGAUUUCAGCGAUGAAAACAGGACAUACCAAGCCUCCAGUCCUGAUGAGGUGGCUCUUGUACAGUGGACGCAGAGUGUGGGCCUGACAUUAGUGAGUAGGGAUCUGUCAUCUAUGCAGCUGAAGACCCCUGGUGGACAGAUACUUCCAUUCAUCAUUCUGCAGGUCUUUCCUUUCACAUCAGAAAGCAAAAGAAUGGGCAUCAUUGUCAGAGAUGAUUCUUCUGGGGAAAUUGCAUUCUACAUGAAAGGAGCUGAUGUGGCAAUGUCAAGCAUUGUACAGUACAAUGAUUGGCUGGAAGAAGAGUGUGGGAACAUGGCAAGAGAAGGACUACGGACACUUGUGGUGGCCAAAAAAUCCCUAACAGAAGAGCAGUACCAGGAUUUUGAGAACCGAUACAAUCAGGCAAAGCUGAGUGUUCACGAUCGUUCGCUAAAGGUGGCAGCAGUUGUGGAGAGUCUUGAGCGUGAAAUGGAACUCCUCUGCCUCACUGGAGUGGAGGAUCAGCUACAAGCAGAUGUGAGGCCUACACUGGAAAUGUUGAGAAAUGCUGGAAUAAAGAUAUGGAUGUUAACUGGAGAUAAAUUGGAAACAGCUACUUGUAUUGCUAAAAGCUCACAUCUAGUGUCCAGGAACCAAGAUGUCCACAUCUUCCGUCCUGUAACAAAUCGUGGUGAAGCUCAUUUGGAGCUCAAUGCUUUCAGGAGGAAACAUGACUGUACACUGGUUAUAUCAGGGGACUCUUUAGAGGUUUGCCUGAAAUAUUAUGAGCAUGAGUUUGUGGAACUUGCAUGCCAGUGCCCAGCUGUUGUGUGUUGUCGAUGUUCUCCCACACAAAAGGCUCAAAUUGUGAAGCUGUUACAACAGCACACUGGCAAACGCACAUGUGCAAUAGGUGAUGGAGGUAAUGAUGUCAGCAUGAUCCAAGCAGCCGACUGUGGGAUUGGAGUUGUAGGAAAGGAAGGGAAGCAGGCAUCUUUGGCAGCAGAUUUUUCCAUCACUCAGUUUAAACACAUUGGCAGGUUACUGAUGGUGCAUGGACGUAACAGUUACAAGCGAUCUGCUGCACUGGGCCAGUUUGUCAUCCACCGGGGCCUUAUCAUCUCCACUAUGCAGGCUGUAUUUUCUUCAGUGUUCUAUUUUGCAUCAGUGCCCUUGUAUCAGGGCUUCCUCAUGGUAGGGUACGCUACCAUCUACACGAUGUUUCCUGUUUUCUCUCUGGUAUUAGACCAGGACGUAAAGCCAGAAACAGCAAUACUGUAUCCAGAGCUUUACAAAGACCUCACAAAGGGUCGCUCAUUAUCCUUCAAGACAUUCCUUAUUUGGGUUCUGAUAAGCAUAUACCAAGGUGGCAUUUUAAUAUAUGGAGCAUUGGUGCUCUUUGAAUCUGAGUUCGUACAUGUUGUCGCAAUUUCCUUCACUGCACUGAUCUUGACUGAGUUACUGAUGGUUGCACUUACUAUCCGAACCUGGCAUUGGCUUAUGGUUGUGGGGGAGUUCCUCAGUCUUGGCUGCUAUGUGGCCUCCCUUGCUUUUCUCAAUGAGUAUUUUGAUGUCGCCUUUAUCACCACUGUGACCUUCCUGUGGAAAGUGUCAACGAUUACCCUUGUCAGUUGUCUUCCACUUUAUAUUCUCAAGUACUUGAAGCGCAAAUUCUCUCCACCCAGUUACUCCAAACUUACCUCAUAGUGCAGAUGUUUUUGCUCAAUAAGUAGCACUUUUGUCGUUGCUGCGGAUGGCUCUAAUCAUCCCUAUGAACACUUCACAGGGAAUCUUAAAUCUUGUGAAAAUGGUCUGUUGACCAAACAGCCAAAAAUAGCAAUGAAGCACACAAUGUGCAGAGCAUUGAAAGAAACUGAGAGCACUUCUGAAUAACAGGUACUGCAAAGGACCUUUUGAAAUGAAGGAAUGCCUUCAAACGUUUCAGAGUACUGAUGGAGUCAGGGAGAAAAUGGAAAUAACUUUGUAUCUUUUUUUUUAUUCCCCUUUUUUCCUGCUAAUUUAUGUGAACACUCAGAUAUGCUUCCGUUGAAAACUGUCAUUGUAGAUUUUAAUUGUUCCUCCAAAACAGUUCUGAAAUUAGAUGCGGAAUUGUCCAUGAAAUACUAGUUAGCAAAUGGUGUUGUAUAAACAAAAUGCUCAUAUGUUGAUGCCAUUGUACGUAAAGCAGCAAAUUAGCACUAUAUACUUAUUGGAGUUUUGGCUAUCUUUAUAAGUGCUCUCCACUUUAGCAUUGCUAUUAGCUUGUCUUUAUUUCCCUGCUUCUGAAUUGUAGCUGUGUUUUGUGAAGCAAAUAUGCACUAACAGGGAAAUGCACAACAGGCUUUUCAACAUACCACAUUGUUAUUAACAUAUUGCUGUCAAUCUCCCCUUUAUUUCUUCUCCAGUAUUAUCCACAUACAUGUGUUUGGAAAUUUACCUUAGGAAUUCUACAGCCUGAAUUUUACGUGAGACAUUCUACUUCAGAGAAUUUUUUUUUUGCAAAUAGCCUAAGAACAUGCAUUAUUGAAUUACAUUAAAUUUUCAUUUCUGCUUUGCCAGACUCCAGUCUUUAUUCCAUUACAGACUUGAGUCUGGAAGAUUUCUUUCCCUCCUGAGGGCUUGUGCUAUACAACAGACAUUGUCCAAAAAAACAACUGUAAAGAAACCAGGUUUCCUUCAAAUCAUAUCAAGGACAUAAUUCCAAUUAUUUCAGGGCAUCGUGCUCCUGGAUUGAUUUCUGUAGUGUUUAUAUGAUAAAGUGGAGUAUAGCGGAAGAUGUGGUAUUUUUACAAAGAGGAUCAACAAUGUUUUUUGCCAGCAAUUUCCUGGAUCCAGCACUGAUUUAGAGUUUACUGCACUCACUUGAAAUUCCAUUUAGAAAGUAUACAAGAAUACAAUGUGUUGUUUAGAAAAGAAAAGUACUUACUAUAUUGUCUCUGACUUGUGGAAAUUGGUUUUUGUAAUCAUUAUGUAUUAAAAUUCUUUUUUGCAUUCAUUUUCUUAACCAGCAUUUUGAUUUAUCAAUAUGUCCAUCCAGUAAUAUGCCCAAAAGGAAUCAUUAGGCAAGAUCUUGGAUCAUAAUGCUAUUCCAGCAGUUGUUUUUAAUUAAACAUUCUAGAUUCCACGAUGAUUAUGCUGAAGUGUGUUCAUAGCUUCCCAUGGCCGUACUUGAGACUCUGCUCUGAUAGUGAAAGGAAGUUGUAUAGUAUUUUUGUUAAUAGCCUUCAAAUAAUGGAUGCCUGGUGCAAGAUUCCGAUUGUUAUUCUAUACUGCAACUGUGACGUAAUCGUAUGAAAUGAGUAACAGUGAAAUGUGCUCUCAUGGUCACCUUGAUUAAGCAAUCAUCUGGAUUAAGUACCCACACUACACCUGUUGAUAGAAAUGGACAUUUUAGCAAUAUAAGUAAAUGGAGCCUGCAUCAGGGUCUAGCUUACCGCCCUCAAACACAGCCACAAUAAUUGUUUUCAAAUUAACAUAUUAUUGUGGUUAAGCCAUUAUUGAGUGUCACUGGACAUCAUUUGGAGUUAACCAUUUUAAGGAAUCAUUUGAGUUUGAUGGUGAAGGUGACUAUAUUCAGAUUUUACUGUAUUGUUAACUCAAACUGAAGCUCCCUCUGCACAAUAAAAUGAAUUUACAUUUUCA